GAAGUGAGCGCGGCGAGCGCGGAGGCCGGGGCCGGGGCGCCGGAGCGCGGCGGGCGCGGUGACGUCCCCCGACAUGGCGUCGAGCGACUGAAGAAAGUGCCUCCCGGGUGGGUGCCGCCAGGCGGCCCGGCUCUCGGACCCCCGGCCAGCCCCAGGAUGCGGCCGUCGCACCACUGCGGGCACCUCCUGGAGCGGCUGAACGCGCAGCGCGAGGCGGGCUUUCUGUGUGACUGCACCGUGGUCAUCGGCGAGCAGCAGUUCCGAGCGCACCGCAACGUGCUGGCCUCGUUCAGCGAGUACUUCGGGGCCGUGUACCGGGACUCCCCGCACAGCGAUGUCUUCCUGGACCAAAGCCAGGUGAAGGCGGACGGCUUCCAGAAGCUACUCGAGUUCAUUUACACGGGCACGCUGCACCUGGACAGUUGGAAUGUUAAAGAAAUUCACCAGGCCGCAGACUAUCUCAAAGUGGAGGAGGUGGUCACUAAAUGUAAAAUAAAGAUGGAAGAUUUUGCUUUUCUUGCUAAUCCCUCUUCUGCAGAGACAUCUAGUAUUACUGGUAACAUUGAGUUGAACCAACAGACUUGCCUCCUCACUCUUCGAGAUUUUAACCGGGAGAAAUCAGAAACCUGUAUUGAUUUGGUUCAGGCACAUGCUAAGAAGGUGACUUUAGAAAAGAAGUCUCCUCAAACCAAAAAGAAGAAGAAGACUUUCAAUUCCCAGAAAAACGUGCAGAAUAAACCAGUGCAAUAUUCCAGUGACAUUUUAGAGAAUUCAUCUGUUGAUAUGUUCCUAGAUAUAAAUAAAUUGCCUUCACCAGUAACAGAUCAAAUUGCACAAGUAAAUGAUACCUCGGAACUCCAGCUGACUUCAGUUGUGGGAAGUGAUAGUUUUACAACACAAGAUAUCAUUUUACAAACAGUAACAGUGAAACAGAAGCGGGGAAAAUCACAGCCAAACUGCGCAUUGAAAGAGCACUGUAUGUCUAACAUAGCCAGUGUCGUUCCAGACACUUACCAGCUGGAAGCCUCUGGAGAAGACCUAGAUCCGAGGUACUCCAAGGCCAAGCCCAUGUGUAACACUUGUGGGAAAGUGUUUUCAGAAGCCAGCAGCUUAAGACGACACAUGAGAAUACACAAGGGGGUCAAGCCCUAUGUCUGUCAACUUUGUGGAAAAGCAUUCACCCAGUGUAACCAGCUGAAAACCCACGUCAGAACUCACACAGGGGAGAAGCCAUAUAGAUGUGAGCUCUGCGACAAAGGUUUUGCUCAGAAGUGCCAGCUAGUUUUUCAUAGUCGUAUGCAUCAUGGUGAAGAGAAGCCCUAUAAGUGUGAUGUUUGCAAUUUACAAUUUGCAACUUCUAGCAAUCUCAAGAUUCAUGCUAGGAAGCAUAGUGGAGAAAAGCCAUAUGUGUGUGACAGGUGUGGACAGAGAUUUGCCCAGGCCAGCACGCUGACUUACCAUGUUCGUCGGCAUACCGGAGAAAAGCCUUACGUGUGUGAUACAUGUGGGAAAGCGUUUGCAGUGUCUAGUUCCCUCAUAACUCACUCUCGAAAACAUACAGGUGAAAAACCAUACAUAUGUGGUAUUUGUGGGAAAAGUUUUAUUUCCUCAGGAGAACUCAACAAACACUUUCGAUCCCAUACAGGGGAAAGACCAUUUAUCUGUGAAUUAUGUGGAAAUUCCUAUACAGAUAUAAAAAAUUUAAAGAAGCACAAAACAAAAGUCCAUUCUGGAUCUGAGAAAACUCUAGAUUCCACCAUGGGGGAUAACACUUUUAAUGAACAAGAUCCCAUGCAGAAAAGUCCUUUGUCAGAACCUAUAGAUGUGAAACCUUCUGAUAUGACUUUACCGUUAACUCUGCCCCUUGGAACGGAGGACCACCAGAUGCUGUUGCCUGUAACGGGCAGUCAGUCUCCAUCAUCGGACACAUUGUUGAGAUCGACUGUAAAUGGGUAUUCAGAACCACAGUUUAUUUUUCUGCAGCAAUUAUAUUGACUUUAUGGGCAAUAUGGAAUUUGCUAAAUAAACAGCUCUGGUAGUGAAUGUAAACCUCCCUGGCAAGGCGAACAUCCUCAUUCGCUGUCAUUUGGGCUGUAAUCAUUACUUUUCACCCAUUCAGCUAAGUAAAGGCGGCUGGCCCUGCGUCUCCUCUGUGCAAUGCUCGGUUCUUAUUUUUGUUUUGCUUGAAAAGUCAGAUGUACGCAUGUCAUUUUUGGAGGAUGAAUUACAGUGAAUGGUAUUUUAAAACAGAAGGGGAAAACAUUUCCAUCAGUCAGUCCUGAAGACACAUUUUUGUUUUCUAGAAUUAGCCCUUAAUUGUUCUGACAGCAUCAGUCACUUCACCAAGUAAAAUGGUGUCUUCCAGAUUCUCCUUUUCUCUAUUAUUUAAAAGAAUAAAAUAGUCAGCUCUAGCCAUCCCCUAGAAUCGAGUUCACAUUUCUGGCCAGAAAAUCCAGGAGCCCAGGUGUGAUUUAUUUCUCUUCUCUACCGAUAUUUAAGCCUCUAAGAAAAAAUAAAGAGGGAAAAAGUCUAUCACAAGUGCUGCAAAGCUCUUCUUUUUCUGUGUCUACCAGAACACUGCUUUGUCAGUGCUCCAUUCAAAAGUGACCCAUCAAUAGAUAGCUAAUGCCUUUUUUAUAUCAAAAAGCAGUUUCAUAAUUUGAUCCGCUUUGACAUAAGCUAAGGAAAAAUUAUCAAGCACAUUUUUGGUAAGGAAAGCAUGCUGGUUGAAAGGAAGAUAUAUUAAUUUUGUUUAUUUUUCACCUUUUACACGCAUACCUUUAAAAAUUAAAAUUAAAUCCUAACAGUGAAAAAAGUGAAAAAGCCCCCAAAAUUACAAGUUUAAAGCAGACUACAACUAUAACUGCUGAAAUCUGGUACUAGAGAUUACAUAUAGUAAGAUGUCAGAUUUCAAUAUUCAGAGGAAAAAUAGACUUUAAAAGCCCAGUCUUUUAGCACUACAAAUGAAUAUACAUCUUCACCAAUAAGGCAGCUUUUCCUUUUCAGAAUUCUCUCUCACUCCUCUAAACCAUGGCAAUAGGUUGUUUUUGUAGCUUUUUAAAAGUCCUUGUCAACCUGGAUAGGCAAAAGCAGAUUAUUUUCAUAUUCAUUUUCCACUAAAUCGCUCUUAUCCUGAUCAUCUGUCACCAAAAUGUUUUUUUUUUUGUGGUUUUUUUUUUUUUAAACUGCUCUCUGGCACCAUAUGGUUAACAGGAUUUCCAGUUCCACAGAGGCAGUUUGUGUCUCGCUGAUUAAACACAUUCUGACUCCUUGUUUGUGCCAAACAAGCCACAAUCACAUAUUUUUCUUUUCUUAGAUUGCUUCUGUAAUAAGUCUAAUGCAUUUUCUAUUUAUCUAAUUAUGUCCUUAUCUGCUUGGUGCCCAAGUCACAGUAGAGCCUUGUAUUUACUAUAUAGUAUAGUAUAGUCUAGUAAAUCUUGGCAGCUGGUGUGAGAAUAUCAUCACUGACCUCACCACAUCCCUCAAGCCAGGGACCUGGUGGACUGAAUAUUGAGGUCAAAAUAUUACCUUAGUAAUUUUUUUUUGGCACAAGUACCUUUAAGGAACAAAAAUUAAAGGCAACAUUUGAGCACAAGAAAAAUUAAUUAGUAAACCUGAAACGUACAUUUUUGUUAAUCACAUGUAUUGAUUGCUCUACAUUUCAUCAGUAUAUUUCUGAAAAAAAUGUAAAAUGACUAGCCCAUUCAGAUUUAAAUUCAUCAGGAUUUCAAAGGAGUAUAUAAAGAAAAUAAAACAAUCAGAUCCGUUCUUGUAAAAUAACACCAAAGAGAGCCUGGAAUUUCUAAUGGAUCAUCAUUAAAUCAAACAUCACGUUUUAGGCUAUCUUCUUAGAGCAACAAUCAUCCCUUAUCAAGGGUCAUGGCAUGAAGUGGCAGAUAGUCUUGUUCUGUGCUUUUUUUCCCCUUAUUGCUGGUUAAUUUUUCAGUUCAGUUAUGUUUUUGAUCAUUUUUGAUGUCAUUUACUUCACUGUUUAAUAUUUUAUUUUUAUUAGUCAUUAUAAGUUUUUAAAUUAUUGCCUGAGCCUGUUCUUACCUGCUUUUCCAAAACAGCAAUAUAAAGAGAACAAAAUCCCGCGCCUUCCUGGGGAUGGUUUUUUAAUAGUUGGAUUCUUUUGUGAUGUGCGUAUAUUUUUUCUUGUAGCUGAUGGUGUUUAGUGCUCAUAUAAGACACCAGCCUUAAAGGAAGCUCUGUGUGACACCCACAUUGAAAUGAUCUUAAAUUUCCUCUUUGAUAUCAUUUUAUGGUUUGGUUUUUUUUUUUUUGGCAACUGGCAAUUGAAAAGUCCAUUGUAACAGAGAUGGCUGUGAAUUUGUGACAUAUGGCCCACUUUUUAUAGCUCAACCUACUUAGGUCAUUUAUUGUUUUUUUCUAACCAAAUCUACACCAUUGUUUUUGGUCUGUGUACUGAUUUAGCGUGCUGUUUCAUGGCAGGCCCUGCCAAUCUAAAAAGAAAAGAACAUUUUAACUCAUGUGUCAGAUCAAUAUCAUCUUUGUGUUAAAACUAAAUACAUCUAUGAUGUGCUGUUGUGGGAAGAGAUUGCUUGUUCUUUUUAAAUGAAUUUAUUAUUUACAUUGAAUUACUGAGCAAGUUUAUUCUGAAGAGCACACUGAGAGGUGGAAUGUACUUUCUAUGUGAAUUUGUUUUGUACUUGUAAUAUUAGAUUAUUUCUACUGUAUUCUUAGAUUUCCAACUAAAAAAGCUUAGAUUUAUAUAUCAGUCAUUUUAGAUGUUUGUAAAUAGCAUUUGUUUGGUGGUCUUUAUUUACAGAUUAUUUUUAAUACUGAUUUUAGAAAAUUAUUUUAACCUUUCCAGAGUCUGAUACAAUUCUAUUGCAGCAAUAAUUAAAUAGUGUACCCUACAAAUUUCUUUCUAUAUGCUGUUUACAGAAUUCAUGAAAAUGAAUACACUUGAUAUAUUAACUGUGUUACACUAAAUUAAUGUCAUGUGUACUAACUUUUUAAUCAUUGUUCUGCACAUUUCUUAUCUCCAGUAAGAGAUAUUUUUGUGUAAACUUUCCACCUACUUCUAUGAGAUUUUUUAGAAGUGUCUGGAUACUGGCUAGAAGUACCUUGUAGCAGAAAGACCUGUUUUUACACAAUUUAAGUUAAUGUCUUUUAAAAAUAAUUUUCAAAUGUUACUAAAGUUUAGUCACUGUGAGAGGUGCUUUUUUUCUGCUUGAGUAAUUCUUCAUACCUCCUUUUUAUUUUGUUGUUAAUUGAAGGAGUUUAGAACAUAUCAGAAAAAUUAUGGUAUAGACAAAGUACUCUUCUAAAAAUAGGGCAGUAGUGAAAAUUUUUGUUAAUUUUAAGAACAAAGUUGCUAAAAUGGACACUAUGUGACCUGUUUCUCUAAUAACUAUCUGCUUUUGAAUAUAGGAUAAAUGUGGGAUUUACAUAGCA